AUGAUUCAAUUGUCACAAAAUGUUAAACAUAUACACGCCGAAGGUGGUUUCGAAAUGAGAAACUGGAUUUCUAAUUCAAAGGGUGUAUUGAAUGCGCUAAAUAGCAAUCUAUCACAAUCGAACAAAUGCAUCAGUGAUCCAGAUUCUCAGUAUGAAAAGGUACUAGGCUUAUGGUGGCUCCCCGAAAGCGAUGAAUUUACAUUUAUUCACAAAUUCAAAGACGAAAUAUUUGAAAAAUCCACAUAUCCGACUAAACGUCAACUAUUGCGAAUUUUGAUGACGAUUUUUGAUCCGCUAGGUUUACUUGGUUUCCUUAUUGUAGAAGCCAAAAUUAUUCUCCAAGAUGUAUGGCGUUCAGGCACAUCGUGGGAUGAACCUAUACACGACAAUGAACGAAAGGCAUGGUGGCAGUGGAUUCAAAAAUUAAAAAAUAUUAACAAGAUUAAGAUACCGAGAUGUUUUGCAUUGGUAAGUCAAAGCGAUAGAAAUGAGUUGCAUAUAUUCGUAGAUGCCAGUACUCAAGCCUACGCUGCACUGGCAUAUAUUAAAGCCAGUGUUGGAGAUGAUACUUGUUGUAGCCUUAUUGCCUCAAAAACCCGAGUGGCACCUUUGAAACCCAUCUCUGUUCCAAGAAUGGAACUUAUGUCAGCAAUCUUAGGGUUAAGAUUAGCAAAGUUCAUACAAACCGAAAUUUCUGUCGUUAUAAAGCGUCGAUAUUUUUGGACUGAUUCGAAAGACGUACUCUAUUGGAUUCGGUCCGACGCCAGAAAAUUUCAGCAAUUUGUUGCGGUACGAAUCGGAGAAAUCUUGGAAAAUUCGGCGGUUGAUGAAUGGCGUUGGGUAUCGACAUCUGACAAUGUUGCAGACGAUGGUACGAAAUUUGAUAACAACCCUCACAUACAUGAAAAUUUAAGGUGGUUCGCUGGUCCAAAAUUUUUGUACUUACCUGAAGAUAGUUGGCCAAAAUCUCAUUUCUCAAAUCACAUUAAAGAAAUAUUUAACCAUAUGGAGGUCUCAUUGGAAAUUCAAAAUUGGCAAAUAUCUCCAGGUAUUUUAACAUUUAGUACAUGGGAACGGUUACGCAGAUCUCAAAUGUAUAUUUUACAGUUUUUACGCGUAUUAACAAAACAAUCAGUACAAAACCUUCAGUUAUAUAAAGUGCUGAAUACGUCUGCAAUUAAAAGUGCUGAAAUGGUUCUUAUUCGACAUUGCCAACACGAAGCAUUUCAUGAAGAAAUAUCCCAACUAAACUCACCUAACGGAUUUGUAAAUCGUAAGAGUUUAAUUUAUAAAUUUUCUCCAUAUAUAGACGAAUAUGGCAUUUUGAGAGUAAAAGGCAGAAUUGAUGAAGCGGUUAACAUACCAUUUGAUGCUAAACGUCCAAUAAUUUUACCUCGUAAUAAUACCAUAACACAUCUGAUUGCAGAUUUCUACCACAGGAGAUUUCACCAUCACCAUAACGAAAUAGUAGUAAACGAGAUGAGGCAGAGAUUUUGUAUAAGAGGAAUGAGAGCUUUAGUUCGCGAAAUUGCACGAAAUUGUCAGCAUUGUCGUAAUCGUCGAGCAACUCCAGCACCACCUGAAAUGGGCAAUCUACCUCAAGAUCGGUUAGCCGCAUUUACGAGGCCAUUUACCUUUACUGGCGUGGACUACUUUGGUCCCCUAGAAGUAGUUGUCGGUAGGCGCCGAGAAAAACGCUGGGGUGUGCUAUUCACGUGUAUGACGAUAAGGGCAAUACAUAUUGAAAUAUGUUCUUCAUUAUCAACAGAUUCAUUUCUCUUAGUGCUAAAGCAGUUUAUCUCACGUCGAGGAGUACCACAUCGAAUCUAUUCAGAUAACGCUACGAAUUUCCGAGGCGCGAGCCGAAUUUUAAUUGAGGAAACGCAAAAAAUAUCAUAUGAUGACGUAGAACGGAAACAUCCUGAAAUUGAGUGGCUUUUCAUUCCCCCUGCCUCACCUCAUAUGGGCGGGGCAUGGGAAAGAAUGAUACGUUCCGUAAAGUCGAUUCUAUUCGAUAUUUUGCCACAAGAAAGAAUAAAUGAAGAGAUAUUAAGGGCCACGUUAGCAGACAUUGAAAAUAUCAUUAAUAUGAGACCAUUAACCUAUAUUCCGUUGGAGUCAAAUGAAAGCGAGGCGCUAACACCAAACCACUUUCUUCUCGGCAGUUCUAGUGGUAUACGAGAAAAGGCGGAUAGAGAAUGCUCGGGCACGACUCUUGCAAAAAACUUUAGAGUGGCUGGUAAAUUAGCGGAUACCUUUUGGAAACGAUGGGUUCGAGAAUGUUUGCCAUGCCUAACAAGACGCGCCAAGUGGUUCCAAAAUUCUACAAGGCCAAUAUCUGUCAAUGACAUUGUCAUUAUAGUCGAUGACAACUCUAAAAGAAAUACGUGGGCGAAGGGGAGAGUCAUUGAUGUCAUACGAGCUAAAGACGGUGAAGUACGAAGCGCGGUCAUUAAAACACUCACUGGAAUUUCCACUCGUCCUGUAGUAAAAUUGGCCCGACUUGAAUUAAAAGAUGUAAACACCACCACCUAA